AUGCCAGCUCCUACCUACGAGGAACUUGAAAAGGAAGUCAACCUUGACGAUCUUGACUUCUCUGAUUUGGAGGCCAAGUACUCUGUCAGCUCUGACUUGGGUCUUGACAACUAUGUGGUUGUGGAUGGUACUCCAAAGGCUCCAGCUUCUAAGGCUCCAUUGUUGGAAAAAGUGUUGAGAAAGUUUCUCAGCAAAGCCGGUGAAAUCGUCGAAGGCGAAGCCGGUUUGUACCUUCCCGUGGAGGACAACAUGACCAAGGGUUACGUUUUUGUUCAAUACAAGAAGCCAGAGAGCGCUACAGCAGCUGUUCUGCAAUUCCACAACAAGCCUUUCGAUGCUAAGCACAAGUUGCUUGUGAACAAAUUCGCUGACGUUGAGAAGUACUGUAACGAAGGUAAUGUGGCUGACGAAUUUGUCGAGCCUGAGAUUCCUCCAAUGAAGGAGACCGGUUACUUGAAGUCUUGGUUGCAAGAUGAGGCUGGCCGUGACCAGGCUGCUUUGCACUUUUCUGAGACCGUUGGUGUCUACUGGACCAACAAGAAGAGCGAUCCAAAGGCUGUUACCGAACCAAGAAAGGGUUUCACUUCCAAGUACGCUAAGUUCUCUCCAAAGGGUACUUACUUGUUUUCUAUCCACCCUCAAGGUGUUCAGUCAUGGGGUGGUGCCAACUUCGACAGUGUUAGUAAAUUCGUCCACCCACAGGUUCGUUUGAUUGACUUUUCUCCUAACGAGAAGUACAUGGUGACUUUGUCUCCUGCUCCAAUUACCAUGCCAUCUAAUGCUGAUGAGGCCGCUAACUUCCCAUUCGGUCCUGAGUCCGAAGGCCACAAGUUGGUUAUCUGGGACUUGACUACCGCUGAGGUUGCCAGAACUUUCGCUUUGCCUCCUCACUUGGAGAACCAGAAGGAUAUGCCAUGGCCUCUUGUUAAAUGGUCUUACGAUGACAAGUACUGUUGUCGUCAAGGUCCAGACGCCUUGGCUGUCUACGAAACCCCAUCCUUCCAGUUGUUGGACAAGAAGUUGGUCAAGAUCGAUGGUGUUGUCGACUUCGAAUGGGCCCCUGCCGGUGUCCACAUGUGGGGUACUAGAGAAGACGCUGGUGAGCACAUCUUGUCUUACUGGACUCCAGAGACUGCUAACCAGACCGCCAGAGUUGCUCUUAUGCAAAUUCCAACCAGAAAGGUCCUCAGAACAGUUAACUUGUUCCAGGUCAGUGACUGUAAGAUGCACUGGCAAGAUGAGGGUAAAUUCUUGUGUGUGAAGGUCGACCGUCACACCAAGUCCGGUAAGACUUUCUUCUCCAACCUUGAGUUCUUCAGAACGACAGAAAGAGAUAUCCCAGUGGAGAAGUUGGAGUUGAAGGACGUUUGCAUCAACUUUGCAUGGGAACCAACUUCCGAUAGAUUCGUCACCAUCAGCAGGUUAGACGAUGGUAACAACAACCCUGCUAUUCCAAAGAACGUUGUCUCCUUCUACUCCACGGAGCCAGCUACCAAGAAUAAGGCUGCCAAGUUCAAGGUGUUGCUGAAGGUUGAAAACAAACACUCCAAUACCCUUAACUGGUCUCCAAAGGGAAGAUACAUUGUUGUGGCCACCAUUGCCAAGUCUUCCGGUGAGUUGGAGUUCUUUGAUACUAACUUUGACGACGAGAACUCUAAGAAGCCAAUUGUUAAGCUGCUCAAGGCCGAGAAGUUCCUGGGUAUGACCAACAUCUCCUGGGACCCAUCUGGAAGAAGCGUUGCCGCCUGGUCUUCUUCUUGGGUGCACGCUAUCGAGAACGGUUACAGAUUGUACGAGUUCACUGGUGAACAGUUGAGAGAUGACUCCAUCGACCAGUUCAAGGACUUUAUCUGGAGACCAAGACCAGCCUCCAUGCUUACAGCCCAAGACAUGAAGAAGGUCAAGAAGCAGUUGCGUGAAUACAGUGCUCAGUUCGAUGAGAUCGACGCCAUGGAAGCCGAUGCUGCCACCAGAGAGGCUAUCUUGUUGCGUCGUAGACUCCUCGAAGAAUGGAAGGAGUACCGUAACAAGCACGCCGACAAGAAGACCGAAGACCACAAUGUGGAGGCCGAGAUUGUCGAGGAGAUCAAGGAGGAGAUCAUCGAAGAGAAGGAAGAGGUUGUGGAGUAA